AUGAUCUCGAUGAUCUCUGUACUCUACGUCUUGGUGCUACUUAUUGCCCCGACAAGUUUCGUGAAUGCUCAAAGGAAGGUUCUUCUUUCUGACGACAACGGCUGGGCAGUAGCCCACGUUCGUGCGCCGUAUACUGCAUUAAAGGCCGAAAAUUACGAUGUCUUGCUCGUCGCCCCUGCUGACGACGUGUCGUCGGGUCUCUUCCCGCCAUUUAUACCUAUUCUCAAUCAACGACUGCUACAAUGCCAGUUCAACACAUGCCCCGGGCUAUUAGACCCUCUAGGGCUUCCCCUGGGCCUCUUUCCGGCGUCAGGUUACAAUUCGACUGAUAAUCGGCUCAAUUACAUCACUGGCCUUACCGCAGACGCAGUUCAGAAAGGCUUACAAGAUUUAUCUCCCACCGCCUUCAACUCGCCUCCUGAUCUUGUUCUUAUCGGUGUCCACGUUGGUAAUAUCAAGGGCACGUCAAUAAAGUCUUCUGGCAUUGUCACUGCCGCCGCUGCAGCUAUUAGUCAAGGAAUACCAGCGGUCGUCUUCUCUGGCGCAACAGGCUCACAAGUAUCCUACACCACCCUCGACUCGGAUCCAAAUUCUUCCACAUCCAUUGCAGCCCGUACCUACGCCUCUCUAGUCGUGCGUUUAGCCAACAAACUCACAGCACCGCCCGGCCCCAUCCUCCCUCCCAAUGUCGGCCUCAGCGUCAACUUCCCUCCUGCAACCAACUGCGCGACCGCUUCCAGCGUGAAGUUCGUCUUAAGCAGACUCGCUGCAGAUCCCAACGCGAAUGACGAAUCCUGCACCAAUCUCCGCUUACCCUUGGAGUCGGUUGUGUUGAAUGCCAACGGCGGUAGCAGUUGUUUGGCUAGCAUAAGUGUUUGGGACGUGUCAACGAAGGAAGAUGCGGAUCCUUUGGCUCAGGCCGCGGUGAUGUUCAAGUUGCUGGACAUUCUGACAUGCCCUAAUCUGUCGUAA